GUAAACAAAGGUUUCAUAACUUAAUGUUAGAAGCCGAUACAGAUAUCCUCAUUUUUGCGUUGUGUAAAGAGUUACUUAUACAAAACUUGUGUGUAGUUUCAGUAUGUCCUGAGAGUGUGUGCGUUUCUUCGAUCGAGUGCUACAAAGCUAAUUUGUCAUCAUACUUUCCACCCCUCUCCGUAAGAAUGAGAAAUUCCAGUUCUUUUUCCGCUUUCUGUGGCCUUGUGCUCGAUAACUUGUGCUCUGUCCGCUUGCUAGGUAACGUCUCUUCAGAAUCAUUCAAUGCUUGCUUGGGGCUCCCCUUACUGCUACCCCCUUUUCGGCUUUGGAGUAGGCUUAACUAUGUAGUAACACGCAUCGGUUGUAAGUAGUGGUUCAUAAGUUUUAAGGGCUAAUGUGUUGUUGUGUAAUAAAUGGCUGAAUCAUGUACUAAGUUUUUCUGACACUGAAUCAAACUUCCGAGAAAAUUGGUGACGUAGAGCUAUACAAAGGAUUUUCUGCGUUUCAUUUGACAUUCUGAAACCAACAUGAGGAAAGCUAAACUUCUGAAACAAUGAUUAUCACUCAAUAAAGCUGUCUCAGUAGAACCACAAGCAACUCAAGGACAGAAAACACUACGCGUUAAAUCUGCUUCGACAAAGCGGUGUAAGGCCUAGAACGUUUUUGGAACGAGAUAUAUUAGCGUAGAUCAGUUACCAACUUAGCAAUGAAGAGCAGUGAUUGCUCAGAGGUGAGCUUGUUACGCCCCGGCCAUCCCAAUUGGCCAUCGCUAUUGUCAGUCAAGGCUGUCCUCAGGCUGAAGCCAUCCGUCAAGGAGUAGAGAAACAUCUGUUGGGGGAGCGACGCCCUUCCGUAUGCAGCCCUGACGCGAAACGUGAACCCGAUCUCGUAGUGGUCGGACACAACUGUUUGCUUUUUCCCCGUGACUGAAGGCGCACGUGCAUAGUUUCAACACCUACUGCGAUGAAUCGGGCCUGAAACAACAGAUAUUUUGACGUUAUACUAUACGUUUCGGGUGUUAGUGAACAAUCAGUUAAUUAGAACUGCAACAGUAACAAGAAUCAUCUGUACUGUACCUGUAUGUUUAUCAGUAUUCUGUUCUGAAACAAGACGAACUUAAUGGUUUAGGCUUAAGCAGCACCGAAGAAAACGCUGGUUUAUCAAUGAAGAACGUGAUUCCACGCUAUUGGAAUGGUCUACCACCAGAGUGUGCUGUAGAAGAGUGACAGUAGGAAUUGGCCAUGACUGCUAUGGCAACGGCAAUGGAAAGACAUAUACAACAAACCAAUGAACGUCUCCAAUGUAUUAAAGAGGCAUUAGGGUCACCAAGUGGGUUCCAGAGUGCAGCAAGAGAGCUUUUGGAGUGGUGUAGUGACUCGCGAGCUUUUCAGAAGGUUUUCGAACAGAACCUGAUUAACUGCCUAACGGUGGUUAACAGGGUAGCCGCCCAGCAAGGAUUUGAUCUCGAUCUCGGUUACCGGUUAUUGGCUGUCUGCGCAGCACAACGAGACAAGUUUUCCCCUAAGUCAGCAUCACUUCUUUCUGUUUGGUGUGAAGACCUUGGCCGAUUGUUACUUCUGCGUCACCAGAAGACAAGAGAAGGGGACGGAUUACCUAAACUCACCCCUGGAAUGCAUCAGUCUUUGCAGAAGACCCUUCCUCCGGUUCAGGGUGACUCAACUAUGACAGCUAUGGGAUGGCAGCAAACACCACCUACUGGCCAUGGUCCACCUCCUCCCCAUGGUGCACAUGCCACCCAGCAACAGCUAUCAGUGGUCACUACUGUUUGGGGAGUAUCACCUAGUACACAGAGUGGUCCACUAGUUCAUAACUCUUAUAGUGGAACAAACACAUCAGUGGCACAUGGACCUUAUUCUCAGAACACUCAUGGCUACCCUGGAGGGAUGCCUUCUAAACCAUAUCCUCCCCAGGGUAUGCCCCCUAGACAGACAACACCAACAUACAAUGGUUAUGGGCAUACACCAACAUCCAUGGGCACAGCAGUUGGACCAAACAUACCUACUGGUUGCCCAGGCUCUGGUGGAGACUACCAAGGGUCCUCUGCAGCUCUCAGUGCUGCUGCUCUUGUAGCAAGAGCAGCAGCUGCUGCCACAGCAACGGCAACAGCUACUGCCAGUGUGGUAGCUUUCCAGGAUCAACAACAACAAGAGACAGCAAUGGGAAACCAAUAUCAUAACCAUAUGCAAGGCAUGCAAAACCAACAGUAUCAACAAGGCUAUGGCCCACCUGGUCCACAGCGAUUGCCCUCAGGGCCAACCAUGGGAAGUCACAUGAACAACCAUAUGAGCAAUACAAUGGGAGGGUCAAUACCAUCAAUGGCUAAUUCCAUGUCCAGUCCCAUGAUCCCCAUGAACACUUCCGUUAUGAGCACACCUAAUAGCAUAAAUCCUCAGAUGGCUAUGAAUGGGCCUAUGGGAAUGAACAAGGGUGGGAUGCAAGGAGUACAAAAUAUGGGAGGGCCUGGACAACCUAUGUACCCAAUGCCUUCUUCUGGAAUGGGGCCCCAGACAAGGGCUCGCUCAGCUCCCUAUCCAAAUCCUUCUCAAUAUAUGGCUCAGAAACGACAAGUCCAGUACAACAAUGCCAUGGCUCACCAGUACAACCCAGGUAUACAGCAGUAUGGACCUGGCUCUCAACAGACAUACAGUUCGGCACAGUUUCCUGGUGGUCAGGGAGUACAGUACCCUAAACAACCACCCCAGUUUCCUCCAUCCAUACAACAACAGCCCCUGCCAUCAAGUGGCUACCCUCCUCAGCAACAGAUGCGACCCUCCAUAAGACCUCAAGCAUCUCCAUAUGCACCUCAACAGGAACAGUAUUACCCACAGAAUCACAUGAAUGGGGUUCCUCAGCAGACUCAAUAUGAACAACAAUAUAAUGGGAAUCAGUACAUGACACCUCAGAACUUUCAGAGAAAUAUGAGCUAUCAGCAUUCACCAAUUCCUGGUAAUCCCACACCACCAUUAACUCCAGCAUCUAGUAUGCCCCCCUACAUAUCACCAAAUUCAGGUGAUAUAAAACCCUCUUAUCCUGACAUGAAGCCACCAAUGCCUCCAACAAAAGAUGAUGAGUUGAGGUUAACAUUUCCUGUCAGGGAUGGGAUCAUCCUGCCUCCCUUUAGGCUAGAGCACAACCUAGCUGUUAGUAACCAUUUCUUCCAACUGAAACCAUCAGUCUACCAAACACUAAUGUGGAGGUCUGACCUGGAGCUGCAGUUGAAGUGUUUUCAUCAUGAAGACCGACAAAUGAACACCAACUGGCCAGCAUCAGUGCAAGUGUCUGUGAAUGCAACUCCAGUACCUAUUGAUAGGGGAGUUAACAAGACUUCUCAUAAACCUUUGUAUCUGAAAGAAGUGUGUCAGCCAGGCCGCAAUACAAUACAGAUUACUGUGACAGCCUGUUGUUGUUCUCAUUUAUUUUUGUUACACCUUGUCCAUCGACCAACUGUGCGAUCAGUACUCCAAGGACUUUUACGAAACAGGCUUCUUCCUGCAGAACAUUGUAUUUCCAAAAUCAAAAGGAAUUUUAAUAGUGUAGCUGCAACAAACAGUGCAAUGAAUGGUGAAGAUGGUGUAGAACAGACAGCGAUGAAAGUAUCACUGAAGUGUCCUAUUACGUUUAAAAGGGUAACGUUGCCUGCUAGAGGACAAGACUGCAAACACAUACAGUGUUUUGACCUCGAAUCCUACCUCCAGAUGAACUGUGAAAGAGGAGCAUGGAGAUGUCCAGUUUGCAAUAAAACAGCAUACUUGGAAGGUCUAGAAGUUGAUCAGUAUGUUUGGGCUAUUCUGACAAACCUCACUAAUUCUGAUAUAGAUGAAGUAACAGUGGAUGCUACUGCUAGUUGGAAACCUGUCGCUCCCAAACUAGAGCAUGAUCAAGAUCCUUGCAUUGCUCAGAAGAAGAUUAAAGCCAUGUCUCCUGGUAGCAUGACAAUGCCAACGACAAGUACAUGGGAAAUGGGACAAGCUUUAUCACCCUUUGCUGCUAUGCCCCCACCAGAUAUGCAGUCUAUAGCCAAUGGUCCCAAUCUUCCAAAUGGUAUGAGUUACAGAGGAAUGAAUGGAAGUUACGACUUUUCUUCUGACUUUGGGAGCCCACUUGCUCAUCUAAAUGAGAGUGUUGCCUCUUUAGACCCCCUUGCUGCAAUGGAAAAGUCUCUAAACCAGCAUGAACAGCAAAUGUGCCCUCCUACUCUGCAUGACCAGAGUAGCCAACAGAUGCCCCAUCCUGCAAACUCCUCUGCCCCUGGAAUCAAUCAGUCUCAGCAUUCAACGAACCAUCAACAGUAUGCACCACCUACACCAUCAUCUACACAAAGCCAAGGCAUGAUGCAACAUGGGCCCAACACUCCUCAUACACCACAUACACCUCAUACACCUGGUACUGGAGGUCCUCCAAGUAUUCCUCCUCCUUCAUCUGUUGGACCUAAUGGAAGUAAUGCUGAAGUGAAUGGUACCAAUAGCAAUAGCAGUAAUUCCAAUCCAGCCAAUAGUCAACCUCCAUCAGUGACAAAUGAUAAUUCACUUUCUCAUGCUGCUGAUUUAAGUGACCUCAACUUUGACCCUGCUGCUGUGAUUGAUGGUGAAGGCCAAGGUCAAGAAGGACUUAACUUGCUUCCAGAAAGUGUAGUGGAUCCUAUGGAGCUACUCUCCUAUCUGGACCCACCUGAGCUGAGUAGCAGUGGGAAUUUGAGUACCACCUCAGGAAGUACAACUAGCACAACAGCAGCAAACAGCAGUGCUACAACAUCCACCUCAAAUAGCACAAAUGACGAUAUCUUGGCAUUUUUUGAAUCUUAAAUUUUACUGUCAAACAAUUUUUAAAACUAUGUGCUGUUUUAUUAUAAACAGGAAAGCAGGAGAAACUUAGGAAAGAUGCUCAGUUUCACCUGAACUGUACAGGGGUAAUUGCAAAAAUAUAUGCAAGUCCCUAUUAGGUGUUUUUGUUUUGUUUUGGGGGCUAAAACUUAUCACCAAUAUUUACAUGAAAUAAAUUUUCAACAUGUUCUGAGUAAGGAAGAUUAAACAUGAGACUGGUGAGUUCCUACUCAUUAAUCACUUUUGAACCACACCGGUCAAAGCUUGUGUCAUUACUCGAACAACAUCGUUUUCCAUUACCUCAUGUUUCUGUACAGCACGUGAAAGAACUUUGGGAAGGAACAAAUAAACAAACAAAAAAAUUCAGUGAUUAUUAAUUGUUAUGUUUGCAUUUAUGAAAUGGAAGGCAAUUAAACAUGCCACCAUAAUAUUAUGCAAAGUUCAGGAAGGGCAAAGAAAGUAAAAGAGGUUUUCGUGCAACAAGAUGUGCAUGUUGAGUAAAUGUGGAUGUAGCUGUUAGCAGCUUGUAGACAACUGUUGUGUUAGGUAUUAUGCGUAUGUAUUUGUGCAUGUAUACAUGCAUACAAAAAUGUAUGUAUACUUGUAUAUGUAUAAAACUUGCAUAUAUACAUAUGUAUAAUCAUACUAUUAUGUAUCGUGGUAUCUGUUUUUUGCAGUCUAUUUAUUCAAUGUAUAUCUGUGUAAGUCAGUUUGUUAGUAUUUUAAAGUUAGCCACCAAGAAGUUUGAUGCAAUCGGAAGUAAGCAUUACAGAAUAAUCACAUCAUUCACAUUUUCUGUUGCUUCUGUUGAUUUGGUCAGUUGGACUCUACCAUACUGCCACUUAUUCUAGGCCAAAGAAUCCUUCAAGAGCACCAUUGUUCAUCACUUCCAGUUGUCCAUUUACAUAAAUAAGUAUCAAAAAUUAAGUUGUUCCCAAUUUAAGUAAUUAUUUUAUCCUUAAGGUGGCAUGAACCAAAAGGUGCUAUGCCAGGUGACUUGGCUGCUUAAUGUAGUUUUGCAAUGUUAGUGCUGUCCUGUUUGUUUGUGUAAUAUGCUAAUGCUCACAUUUAAUUUGUGGUGAUUAUGAAUUAACAGACGGGGUGGGAAAAUAAAUUUUGUUGUGGCAAGUUUUUUUGCAUUCUGUCUUGCCAGACAAUGUAUAUAGUGUAGGAAAAUCUGUAUAGAUUCACCUUGUUCUUAAUUUCCUUAUUCUAUAUAUCUUUCUUAAUGUCCAUACACUUGUUUUUCACACUUUAUAUCUGCUUCAAUCCAUAAAAACGAAACAAGAUGUUCCUGCAUAGAAUAAGUUUUUCUGUUUUACUAGACCAGUUUGUACAGCUUUGGCAUUCUUUUUUAAUCAUUUUUAAAAUGUUUUGUUAUGAUUUGAAAAAUUAUUUAGUAACAUUACAGUUUACUGCUGAAAGGGUUAUAUAAUACUAUAAUUUGUAAUUUCUUUUUAUUUUCUGCAAAUGUUUCUCUUUUUUGUUGUUACUAAUUUUGAGAUACUUUGGUGCAAAAUGAAUAUAAGAUUAGAAACGUUUUUGAUGCACCAUAAAUGACAGUGAUUUAUGUGAAAGACAGUUGCAAAUCAUGGCAUCUAUACAGCUUCCUCCUGUAUCAAGCCAUCUAUUGUAAUUUUUUAUUGUUCUGUCCUACUAGUGUAGAUAUGCAUAUUUAUACAAUAAAGAUUUUAUGUUACAACAA